AUGUCGAACCUCGAAUCCCCUCCGUCCAAGAAGAGCGGUCUCCGCAAACUUCACAUGCGACACUCAAAUCUUAACCUCCUCCCUUCAUCACAUAUCCCCUCUCGCCUGCGUCUGGGAGACGAUGCCCAAGAAGACGUGACCGCCCCAAAUCGAGGCUCAAACAUGCCUGCCCAAUACAUGAAUCAAUCCAUCUUUUCCAUGAUCGCGGCCGCCGGGUCGCGAAAUGACUUCAACACGAGAUUCGACGAGUCAAGCGAUAGUGAGGAUGAGAUCCCUGAAGAACAAGGACAGCCAGCAAUCGACAAUGUAUCACCCUCGGUUGCUCCAGGGACGGGGUCGAAAGAGAGACAGUCUGUAGCUACGAAGGACGGGAAAAUCACUAGCGAAAAGAAGAUCAACCGUCUCUCGAGUCAGCGGUUGGUGCAGUCGUUGCCACGUCUACCGGGAAGACCGAUACGCAGAAAAGAGGGCACCCCCCGACAAGACCCCAGUCCUGAGAGCGACGUGACCUCGGAGUCUUCGAGGAGCAAUCCAAGAGAUGCCCCUGUUCUGAGCCGGUUGAUAACCGCGGAGGCUCAGUUCCAAGAGAGUGCAGAGGGUCAGGACCAGAUGCUGGAAUCUCCCACAGCUCUGAAGUCAAGAAGCAGAGGCGACUCGACACCGCAGACGCUCCUUGCAACGCGACUGAUGGAGAUCUUUGGAUUUGAAGUGCCCGAGCCCGUGGUGGCCGAAUAUCCGUGUUGGCUCUUGCAGAGCUAUCUUUCGAAGAAGGGCAGGACGACUUCCAAAUACAAAAGGUACUGGUUUUCACUCAAGGGAGAUGUUUUGUCCUACUACUCAGAUGCGUCCAACCUCUAUUUUCCUUCCGGAAAUAUCGACCUCAGAUAUGGCAUAUCUGCCAAUAUCGCUAUCGACAAGGAGAAAGGGAAGUCCAAGGCCUGUAAAGAUUUCUCCGUCACUACAGAUCAUCGUACAUACCACUUUCGAGCAGACACUGCUUCGAGCGCCAAGGAAUGGGUACAGACUCUGCAGAAGACGAUCUUCCGCUCCCACAACGAUGGAGACAGUGUCAAGAUCUCCUUGCCCCUGGAAAAUAUCAUUGACUUUGAGGAGAGCCCGGUGGUCGAGUUCGCUGAGACGGUUAAGAUUAGGGUGAUUGAAAGCGAGGAUUCAUAUGCAAUCGACGAAUAUUUUUUCUCAUUUUUCAGCUUUGGCCAAGAUGCACUGAACGUCCUCGGAAGCCUGAUCACCGAAGCCCCAGCCAGGAGGACGUCGGAAGAUAUCCUGUCGCCGACAAGAAAGGUCGAUGCGUUGUCCAGCCCAAGAAGGGCGUCCUCGAAUAGGCAGUCUUCGGACGUUGGCGCAGAGAGUCCGAGAGCUCAGUCGAGUCCGCCCCUCAAAGACAGUGUUAAAGCCACUCUGCUCCCGUUCUCCGUCGGAAAUGAUGGCAGAAUGUCUCCCAGAAGAAGCGGCGAGUUUGCUCGUGGCAAUAGUCCUUCUCGCUCUAGCAACGAGUUCACAGGGGAAUACGGUCGUGCCAGCUUUGAGCGCGGCCGUAGAAGCGGAAGUACGAGUCGUCUUGAGGUGAACAAGUCAAAACGAACAACCCGGUCACCGCUAGCGAGGCAUCACGACUCCGAAGAUUCUUAUGUUCACUCUAUCGACAAGGAAACAGAUUCGUCUACCGCGCCCCUGUCGCCGCGGGCAGAAGCACAAAUGUCGGCCAGCCAAAUCUUGACCAGAAGCGACGUUUUUCACCAACCGGCCAUUCAUCGAAUGGAAACUUUGGCAUCCAUAUCGACUGAACCCACAAGGAAAUCAUCGGAGGGUGGAACAAUCUUAUCAAGCUCACCACAAAGAGGAGAUGCUUUUGCUAUCCCCAUCCGCGGCGCACAUGAGCCGCAGACGGACCGCCGGGCAACGGUGCAGAAUGAUAUCCCUUCAUCAGAAUUAGAACCCGGCAAGAAUUAUGUUAGGAACAAUUCCUCGCCGACGCUGCAGGAUCUGGUCAAAGCCGGAUCCUACCCUCUACAAAGAGCUGGAGCUUUUGCGGACUACCUCAAAAGCCGGUCCACUUCCAUGAGAAAGCUGCUUGCCACGGAGUCCAUGUCCUAUCUCGAAAAGGUAUCAGGCAUGUGGGCCGGGAGUAGGAAACAUUACGGAGAAAAUGAGGGUGUCGUGCCCGAUGACAGGGGCGUUGAUCCGGAAGAUGAAGAAGCCAACGUCGGCCACGGCGAUCGCUUUCGCGCGCAUUUCGCAUUGCCCGCCACCGAGAAACUACAGGCAACGUACUUUGGCUUCCUCCAUCGCGUCCUUCCAUUGUAUGGCAAGAUAUACAUCAGCAAUCGAAAAUUCUGCUUUCGAAGUCUCCUACCUGGGACGCGAACCAAGCUGGUCUUGCCACUAAAAGAUAUUGAGAACGUGGACAAAGAGAAAGGCUUCCGGUUUGGCUAUCAUGGCCUAGUCUUGGUGAUCCGUGGUCAUGAGGAAUUAUUCUUCGAGUUCAGCUCGGCCGAACAUCGUGACGAUUGCACCGUAACGCUCCUGCACAGUCUGGAAACAGCUCGCUACAUGGCCGAGUCGGGCGUCCUCGCCAAAGCGGAUGAGGAUGAUGCAGAAAUCGCCAAAGAGGAACACCGCAAGCUCCAGGAAGCCCGUCGCACCUCUACGGCGGGCGACCAUGCUCUCGUCCUACCCGAUACGGUCGAGGCAAUCUACAGCCACAAGGAUGAAGAAUCCUCCGGACCAGUGCUAUUUGAUGACCCUCGCGCUUCAAUCAUCAACCUCACCAAACCAACUACUUCGCUGCGCAUUACGUGUCUCACCAUUGGCUCAAGAGGCGAUGUGCAGCCUUACAUCGCCUUGUGUAAGGGCCUUCUCGCCGAAGGGCACCGUCCACGGAUUGCCACGCAUGCUGAAUUUGGCCCCUGGAUCCAGAAGCACGGGAUUGAUUUCAGGCCUGUGGACGGUGACCCGGCCGAGUUGAUGCGCAUCUGCGUUGAGAACGGCAUGUUCACGUACUCGUUUCUACGCGAAGCCUCGGCGAAGUUCCGCACAUGGAUCGAUGAACUUCUCACCUCAGCCUGGGCUGCCUGUCAAGAAUCGGACCUCCUGAUCGAAUCCCCCUCGGCUAUGGCGGGCAUCCACAUUGCUGAAGCCCUGGGCAUCCCUUACUUUCGCGCCUUCACCAUGCCAUGGACGCGCACGCGUGCAUACCCGCACGCCUUUGCCGUUCCGGAACACAAAAUCGGGGGUGCGUACAACUACUACUCGUACGUCAUGUUCGACAAUGUCUUCUGGAAGGCCAUUGCGGGGCAAGUGAAUCGGUGGCGCAAGAAAGAAUUAAAUCUGAGGAGCACCAACCUGGACAAGAUGCAGCCCAAUAAGGUGCCGUUCUUGUAUAAUUUCAGCCCACACGUGGUGGCUCCGCCGCUGGAUUACAGCGACUGGGUCAGAGUAACGGGGUAUUGGUUUCUCGAUGAGGCCUCUGACUGGACCCCCGCUGCCGAAUUGACGGACUUUAUUAAGAAGGCUCGAGACGACAACAAGAAGCUUGUGUACAUUGGCUUCGGCAGCAUCGUCGUCUCGGACCCCGCGGCACUCACGAAGACGGUUGUCGAUUCGGUCCUCAAGGCCGACGUGCGCUGCAUUCUCUCUAAGGGCUGGUCUGACCGGCUUGGCGAUCCGCAGGCUGUCAAGGCAGAAGUCCCCCUGCCCCCAGAGAUCUUCCAGAUCAAGUCUGCGCCACACGACUGGCUGUUCCGGCAGAUUGACGCAGCGUGCCAUCACGGCGGCGCGGGGACCACAGGCGCCAGCCUUCGAGCGGGACUCCCGACCGUGGUCAAGCCAUUCUUUGGGGAUCAAUUCUUUUUUGGAUCGAGAGUGGAAGAUCUCGGUGUGGGCAUUUGCCUGAAGAAGGUCAACGUGAGUUUGUUCUCGAGGGCGCUGUGGGAGGCGACGCACAGUGAGCGGAUGAUUGUGAAGGCGAGAUUGUUGGGAGAGCAGAUUCGCCAGGAGAACGGCGUGCAAACCGCCAUUCAAGCAAUCUACCGCGACCUCGAAUACGCGAGAUCACUGGUCCGGGCCCGCGCCGCUAUCCAACAACCGGGUGCCGCGGCCGGAGGAGCAGCCGGCCUCACGGCUGUCGAUCUCCUCGACGAAGGCGGCGACACCGAAGAGUCCUGGACAUUUAUUGGAGACGAAAGCGACCCGAACAUACAGCGCCGGCUCCAAGAGUGGGACACUACGGGGCCAGGCCUUUCUCCUGUGCGCGGGAGGGGGCCUCGUUUUGGUCUGGAUCGAGCGAAGCUGGGCGCCAUGCAGGGCGUCGAACCGGUCAGAAAGACUAGUAUCAAGAGAUGA